AUGGCAAGCGCGUCGGUGGAAAUCCUGGCUUUCCUGCUAGUCGUCUCGGGCUGGGUGCUGGUCUCUUCCACGCUGCCCACCGACUACUGGAAGGUGUCGUCCAUCGACGGCACCGUCAUCACCACGGCUACUUUCUGGUCCAACCUUUGGAAGACCUGCGUGACCGACUCCACCGGGGUGUCCAACUGCAAGGACUUCCCCUCCAUGCUGGCGCUUGACGGUUACAUACAAGCGUGCAGAGGACUCAUGAUUGCUGCUGUCUGCCUUGGGUUUUUUGGCUCUGUAUUUGCCCUGAUCGGGAUGAAAUGUACAAAGGUUGGAGGCUCAGACCAAACUAAAGCUAAAAUUGCUUGUUUUGCUGGAGUGAUCUUUAUUCUUUCAGGACUGAGUUCAUUGACUGGUUGCUCCCUCUAUGCUCACCGAAUCACAUCUGAGUUCUUUGACCCCACAUUUAUUGCACAAAAGUAUGAACUGGGAGCAGCUUUAUUCAUUGGUUGGGCUGGAGCAUCCCUUUGCAUAAUUGGUGGCAGCAUAUUCUGCUUCUCCAUUGCUGAAAAUAAACCAACUCCACGGAUGGUAUAUGCAUACAACAAAUCAGCUUCUGUGAUGUCUGCUCGAACCAGGACCUACUCAGCAGAUUUUAAAACAUCCAAGAUCCCUCCAAAGCAUUUCGACAAAAAUGCCUACGUGUAACUGGAUGGUUGGAGGAAUGUUUUUAACAAUCAUGUUUAUAUGCUGUCCAUCCGCAGAAUGAUUUUUAAAAAGUGG